CCACCACGACAAUCACAUCACCACCAUCACCACCACCAACACCACUAUCACCAACACAACAAUCACACCACCACCAACACCACCAUCAACACAACAAUCACAUCACCACCACCACCACUCCUCACCGCCGCCUUCGAUUUGCCGUUCCGUUUAAAUCGUCCCAAAGUCUGCGCGCGCGAUGGGGAACGGCAUGAACAAGGUGUUGGAAGGCUUGUACCUGGGCAACAUUAAAGAUUCCGCCGACUUGAAGCAGCUGCGAGAUCACAACAUCACCCACAUCCUGUCGGUGCACGAUGCGGCCCGGGAGGCGCUUGAGGAAAUGACCUACCUCUGCAUCCAAGUUUCCGACACGCCUUCGCAGAACCUGACCCAGCAUUUUAAAGAUUGCAUCCAGUUCAUCCACAAGUGCCGCAUGGAAAAGAAGGGCUGCCUUGUUCACUGCCUGGCGGGCGUCUCGCGGAGCGUCACCAUGGUGGUGGCCUACAUCAUGACGGUGACGUCGCUGGGCUGGGAGGAGGCCAUGGUGGCGGUGAAGACGGCCAGGACCUGCGCCAACCCCAACCUCGGCUUCCAGCAGCAGCUGCAGAUGUUCCAGAACGAGCAGCUCGCGGAGACGCGCCGGUGGCUGCGCGCGGAGUUUGGGGAGCCGUCCCCGGACGACGAGCUGGAGGCCCGCGCCCUGCUCGCCCGGCACGAGCAGCAGCAGCAGGAGCACCGCGACACCAGGGACGGGGCACACUGGCCGCCGAGGGGACAGCCGUACUCACUGCACCUCGGCUCCUCGCGGCCAGACAGGGACAGCUUCCACUAGCAGGGUGGUGGGGCGGACGAGGUGGGGUGCGGAUGGAGGGGG